AUGUUUCUUCUUUGUGCAGUAUCAACAGUGGACGUAGACGCAGUGCUUGGGCGGACUGCAUCACUUCCAUGCGAUGUCACACCUGACACAAAUGAAGACCGUGUCUACAUGGUUCUUUGGUUUCGGAAAAACGGCGGAAAACCUAUUUAUAGCUUUGACGUACGAGGCAGAUCAUUUAGUAAAGCAUUGCAGUGGUCUGAUCCAGGUGCAUUUGGUCCGAGGGCUUAUUUUGCAACUAUAGCCCGACCGGCUUCCUUAACACUUAGCUCCGUGCAAUUGGAUGAUGAAGGUGUUUAUAGAUGCCGCGUUGAUUUUAAGAAUUCUCCAACUAGAAAUUUUCAAAUUCGUCUUAUUGUUAUUGUGCCGCCUCAUCAAAUGCUUUUAUAUGACAAAUCUGGUGCAGAUGUCUCGGGUGUAGUGGGGCCGCUGGAAGAAGGAGCUGCUUUAGUACUAGUUUGCGAAGUACGUGGUGGUCGCCCCGAGCCUAUUGUGUCAUGGCUAGUUAAUGGAACUGUAGUACCUAAAAACAUAGGGGUAAAAACUGAUACGCAUGUUGUUGUUAAUCGGUUAGAAAUACAAGAAAUUGGAAGAGAGGACCUUAAUACUACUUUUAAGUGCCGAGCAUCCAAUACACUUCUCGUGCCACCACAGGAAAAAACCGUUCGUCUGGAAAUGAAUUUGUUACCUAUUUCUGUUACACUAUUGGAUCGUCCACAACAAUUACUUGCAAGUUCUGUCACUACAUUACGUUGUGUCGCUAAGGGCAGUAGACCGCCAGCACAAAUAAGUUGGUAUAAAGACAACAGGGGUUUUGGAAAGGACAAGGUAAGUGAACAUUUCAACGAGACAUGGUCGAUGAGUACUUUGAUAUUUAAAUCUAUACCAAUGGAUAAUGGAGCAAUAAUUAAGUGUGUAGCAGUUAAUCCAGCCCUAACGGGAAAAGCAAUUGACGAUCAGUUUCAACUCAACGUUGUAUACAGUCCGCUAGUAACGUUGACUUUAGGUAGUACACUGAACCCACAUGAUAUUAAAGAAGGCGACGACGUAUAUUUUGAAUGCAACGUGAAAUCAAACCCCAGAGAACAUCGUAUAUCCUGGUAUCAUAAUGAUAUGCCUGUUACACAGAACAUGACAUCCGAUGCUCCAGUGUGCAGCGAUACGUCACCACAAGUCGUAGGAGCUGCUUUGGAUGAAGCAUUACACGUGAGGUGUUCAGUCCACGCAGAUCCAUCAGAUGUCACGUUUCUUUGGCAAUUUAAUAACAGUGGAGAGAGUUUUAACGUUUCUCCAGCUCGAUUUGGGACUAUUAAUGGGAGCACUAGUGAAUUACGCUAUACACCAGCUAGUGAGAGGGAUUAUGGAGCGCUAACCUGCCGGGGUACCAAUGUGGUUGGUCGACAGAUGCAGCCAUGUAUUUUUCAGAUUGUGCCAGCUGCACGGCCAUCACCACCUCGUAACUGCUCAGUAUUAACCAGUAACGAUUCAAAUUGGAUCGAAGAUACAUUUAAGGAUGAAAUUGAAGAUUACGUCAUAAUCCGUUGUGUCACAGGUUUCGAUGGUGGUCUUCCACAAUUAGUGGUAUUAGAAUCUUUGGAUCCUGAUACUGGUAUAGUUAAAUUCAACAUUACUGCUAACGAGACAAAUGGCAUUGCGAUGUUUCUUAUUCCCGUUGGAUUACUUUGGGUGAAUGAUGCAGCUUUAAGGCUCACAGUAUUUUCGAGAAAUGACAAGGGAGAUUCUGAGAGGAUCAUGCUUAACGCCUUGGCCUAUCAAGAUCCAGAGCGACGGACAGAUGGAAACCACAGCCUUAUGGCAGGUGUCUCAAGAGCUGCUUUUUGGACAGUUAUUCUAACAGUAGUCCUUUGUACUGUGACAGCGGCGAUUACUGGUUUAUUUCUGAGGAGGAAGCGAAAUAGUUCGCAAACCAAGCAACACUCAUCACAGCUGCGAUUAAAUUCUGGAGAUGGCCAGUAUGUCGUAGCGUUUACAUUGAAGCCACCCAAGCAGACUCAACCUGAUAUUUUAAAUCCACCGCCAGAUUCUGAAAGCUCUUCAAAUGGAAAAUGUAAGUUAGAAGUGGCUGUCAAAAAUGAAACACUUCUCAUAAACGACGAGUGGGCUAUGAGUGAGCACAACUCACUAAAAGCUAGCCACGAUCACGAUCCACUCCACCCGAUUCUAUCUUCACCCAAAAUGUCGGUUUCGAGCAAACUACCAGUCACAAUGAACACAAUGACUUUAAGUAAACGAGGCCAUCUUAUAGCAGAAGAUUUACCAGGGCCUGAGAGUUGUGUAUAG